GCUGCCGGCGGCGUGCGGAGUGAAUGCUGACGGACCAUGUCAGAGUGGAGCGCGCAAAGUGCAAUGCAGAGCGCUCCCACUGCGGUGGGGCGCGGCGGGCGUGAGCGAGCGCGUCGCCAUGGGCGCGCUGUCGGCCAAGGCCGCUGUUCUGCGUGCUCGGCCGUCGUGCGCUGCGGAGGGAGGCGCAGCGGGGCGGGCGAGCGCGCAGGGCGAUGCGCGGGCGGCGCGGCGGGGCGCGGGCGGCGCGGCGGGCGACGGCGAGGCGGCCAGGCGGCGCGACGGUCGCCCCGCCGAGGAGCAGGGACCGCGCCUCAAGGCCGCGCAGUGGCUCAAAGUGCAGCACCGCGCUGGGCGACUGCACCUGCGACCGCACGAGGUGGAGCCGCCGGAGCCGAGGCUGCCGUUCGCCGCGAAGCUGCGCGAGUGCUACGCGGCGCACGCGGGCGAGGAGGUGGACCGGCGCGGGCGCGGCGGCGUGCUGGCGUGCCGCGAGGCGGCGCACGUGUACCAGCAGUUCGUGUGCACCGACUUCUCGCGCCGCCUGGCGCGCCAGCGCAAGGCGCAGAAGCGGUCGCAGGGCGGCGGCAGCCCCUGCGGCGCGCCCAUGCCCGCCAG